GGAACGCCAUAUGUUCCGAAAAAUGUACUGGAAACAUAUCCUUGUCGGUGACUUUGUACACGUUUCCAACGAGCAAGAAAUACCUGCUGAUGUUCUGUUUUUGAGAUCGUCUGAUGAGAAUGGUACGUGCUAUGUGGAAACGUGCAAUUUAGAUGGCGAGACAUCGCUGAAGCAACGAUUAGUGCCUCGACACUACUUGCCAUUUUCUCAGCAAGGUAACGAUUUUACGCCUCCAAACUUCACCGGCACUGUUUUCUGUGAACCUCCUGAUCCGGCUAUCUACACUAUUCGGGCGAAAAUCGAGCGUGCACCAGGUUCGUUUGAGCUAAUAACCAAGGACAACAUGCUGCUCCGUGGAAGUCGCCUUCGUAAUACUACUUUCAUCGAAGGAAUUGUACUGUAUGCAGGUCACGACACGAAGGUUAUGAUGAAUAAUGGGCGAGCACCACACAAGAUCUCUGGAAUCGAAUUGUUAACAAAUCGAUUCAUUGUGCUAUGUAUGGUAAUCCUCACCGCUAUGGUUGUUGGUAGCUCGCUAAUGUCUGGAAUUUGGUUGGGUGAUCACCCUUUGUCAGACAACGAUGCGAACGUUACAAUAUCCAUAUGUCGCCUGGAACUCUCCCAAGCCAGUCAUCGACGGUGUCUACGGUAUUGGCUCCUUCAUUAUCUGCUACCAGGCGAGUGUAACGACAUAGUUACCUGCAAGACUAGAAAAUUGCUCGUGAUCGUGCCAAUUUCUUUGUACAUCACUGUAGAAAUUAUUAAAAUCGCCCAGAUUUUCUUUCUAAGUCAGGAUAUUGAACUCUACGACUCGGACAUGGACAGAGCAAUAGACUGCAGGUCGUUGAAUAUACCCGAAGAGUUGGGACAGAUAAGUCAUGUGUUAUCGGACAAAACUGGGACGCUUACGGAAAACAUCAUGAUCUUCCGAAAUUGCGCUUUUGAUCAUGUCGAUUAUGGUCCGGAUAGAAGUUUGUCUUUUGGCUUGAAAAUUUCACUAAGCAUCCUCUCAUCGCAGGGUGAGAGUGAUUCGACGAAACCUGUGGUUUGUGUUGCUCUUCAAGACAGAGUGAAGUCGGACUGGCCAACAAACACCCAUAUGAAACACUUCUUCUUGAAUAUGGUACUGAACAAUUCUGUGGUGGUCAACAAAGUACCUCACCAUGACGCGUUGGAGGUUGGCUUUUUCGAACGCGAUGUGUACAACAUAGGCAACUCGUCCUUUUACGACAUUACAGCUGAACAAUUCAAAGAGAUGGUCGAACAGUUCAAGAGUCAAACGGCAUCGACGUCAGUCGAUAGGCCGCAACAAAUUGGAAGCUGUUUGAGUGAGAUCCCUGAAGACAGUGAGAUUGACUCUACCAUUGGAGGAUUUUCUACUUUGCCCUCUCCCACAACACCAAACUUUGAUAGCGAUACGGUGGAGACCCCGGCUCCUGUUUCGAGGGUAUCAUCGUUUUCGAAAUUUGUGAAGAGGAAUCUCAUCUCUCCCAUAAUCUCACCCAUAACCUCCCUGCUUCCGUAUGACUCAAUACGAAAACGCCAUGAAACGGUGGUCGCGAACGACUUCUGUCCAUAUGAAGCAGAAAGUCCAGAUGAAUUGGCUAUUAUCAUGGGUGCAAGCCUAUAUGGUUUCAAACUCGAAGACAAGUCUGCAACCCAUACCAUAAUUGGAGUUCCUGGUGGUGCUCAAGAAAGAUUUGAGGUGCUACAGGUAUUUCCUUUCCAUGCUGAACGGAAACGAAUGUCAGUAGUAGUCAAGACACCAUCUGGACCUCUUCUAUAUUGCAAAGGCGCUGAUUCUGCAAUUCUCUCGCGAUUACGCCGUCCCACAAAAGCAGAAUCAAUACAUGGCUCUUCGUUGAAGGAACGACUGGACGAAUAUUCCUGUAAAGGGCUGCGAACACUAGCAUUUGCUAUGCGACUGCUAGAUCAGGAACAUUGGGAGGAAUUUCUAGAAAGCUAUCGAUUCGUGAUGAGCAUUUCUUCCAACGAUCGUGACCAACUUCUGUCACAAAAAGCCGAUGAAAUUGAGAAAGAACUCGAACUACUCGGUGUCACUGGAAUUGAGGAUCGAUUACAGGAUGGUGUGGAGGAAACUAUUGUUGCUUUACGUGAAGCUGGCAUGCAGGUCUGGGUGUUGACCGGUGACAAGCUGGAGACGGCUGAAAACAUAGCUCGUUCAUGUGGUCUCUUUGCACCACGUCUUGUAACGUGGAAAAUUGAAACUCGGGAGGAUUUAUCCUCGAUACGGGGGGAUGGGUACAAUUUGGUGCUGUCUCCACAAGCAACUCAUCUGGCAAAACUUGGCGACGAAGGACUGCUAACCGUGUUGCGAAGAGCGAAAUCAGUUUUAUGCUACCGUAUGACACCCUCGGAAAAGGCCGAAAUGGUGAAAUGCGUCAAGACACAUUUAAAGGGGAGAGUUUUGACUAUUGGAGAUGGAGCCAAUGAUGUGCCGAUGAUACAGGCAGCGCACGUUGGCAUUGGAAUCGUGGGCAAGGAAGGCAUGCAGGCUGCUAUGGCUUGCGAUUUUGCAAUUGUGCGUUUCCAAUUUCUUCGACGUCUAUUGCUCGUUCAUGGUCAUUGGUGUUAUGAUCGUCUAUCACUAACGUUUCUUUAUUUUCUGUACAAAAAUACGAACAAUGUUUUCUUGCUGUUCUUUUUCCAAUUGUACAAUGGUUGGAGUGCAUCGUUCAACACUGACCCGGUGUAUUCAAUUUUAUAUCCCAUCAUAUUUUCAAGCCUUCAACCGAUCGUUGUGGGUGUGAUUGAUCAAGAUGCAUCGGCUGAGGAACUACUAUCAAACCCCGUGCUUUAUUCACCUGGUCGCAAAGGAACGAAGUACACCUAUCAGCUUUUUGCAAUCAAUACAAUCGAUGGAAUCUGGCAAGCUGCAGUGGUCUUCUUUACUCCUUUCUUAACUUUCACUGGCCAGGAAUGUGGUCUCUGGCAAUUCGGAUUUUAUAUUGCAUCUGGUAUGAUGUUUACGAACACCGCCCAUCUCGCCGUGGAAGUACGAUGUUGGGAAAGAGCGAAAUGCAUGGCGUAUCCUCAAGCGUUUUCGUCAUCUUCAAAUGUCCUAUAUCUUUUUGUAGAGAAAACGAUAAAUAAAUAA